GCCCGUCACAUAUACACUGUUUACGGAGUUGUAUGCGGAAACGAUCGCUAACGGUUUUCGCCAAAAAUUUCGAACACGAAAUGCUCGAGUUUGAUCGCGAAAUCGCAACGUGAGGAUGCUUGGAACGAUCGCUCCUGUCAAACUAGGCGCAUCGCUGUGAUCUAGUUUUCGAGGGACAUGUGCUUGUCGCGCUUGGUAAAGUGAUCAAUAUUCGUCGAUAACGCUCGUCAUCCGUUUGUACAGCGGAUAUUUCUUCGCGGUGGAAGAUGGCCAGCCGGGAUCCGUCCAUCUCGUCCAAAACCAUGGAUGAUCAUAGCGUCGAGACAUUAGCAGAAGUAUUUCGAUGUUUUAUUUGUAUGGAAAAGUUGAGAGAUGCGCAUCUCUGUCCUCACUGUAGUAAAUUGUGCUGCUAUACCUGUAUCAGAAAAUGGCUCACUGAGCAACGUUCUCAAUGUCCUCACUGCCGAGCUUCUCUUCAUUUGCAUGAAUUAGUAAAUUGUCGCUGGGUUGAAGAAGUGACCCAACAACUUGAUACAUUGCAAGCUGUUUGCAUAUCCAACUUUCGACAUGAUGAUUCUACCAGAGACAGAUGUACAGUUCAUCAAGAGAAAUUGUCUGUGUAUUGUUGGACCUGCCGCAAAUGUAUCUGUCAUCAAUGCGCCCUAUGGGGUGGCACUCAUUCAGGACAUACCUUCAAACCUUUAGAAGACGUUUACGAGCAACAUGUUACUCAGAUCAAAGCUGAAAUAGGCCAAUUAAAUAGACGACUUAUGGAACUAAUUAGUCUUGUUCAAGAAGUGGAGAGAAAUGUCGAAUCAGUAAGGGCGGCAAAAGAUGAAAGAGUCAGAGAAAUCAGAAACGCGAUCGAAUUAAUGAUAGCUCGCUUGGACUCUCAGCUAAAAGCCAAGCUGCUGACUUUAAUGGGUCAGAAGAAUUCGUUGACUUUGGAAACCGAACAACUAGAAGCAUUACUGCAAGAGGUUGAAUAUCAAUUACAUACGUGCACACGCUCCGAGCUAAUCGUUAAGAGUGCCGAGCUUUCGCGCAAGAUAUAUCAAGUCCGUAAGAAGCCAAUGACAAGUUUUGUUACCGCGCCUGUACCUGCUGAUUUUCAUAGCGAAAUUGUGCCAGGUUACGAUAGUGCGACAUUUGCGAUGCAAAAUUUUACUCAACUUCAACUAAAAGCUGAUCCGGUGUAUUCCGCGCCAUUACAUGUGAACGGAUUGUGCUGGCGAUUAAAGGUGUAUCCGGAUGGUAACGGAGUUGUACGCGGAAAUUAUUUGUCAGUAUUCUUGGAGCUCAGCGCUGGAUUACCAGAAACAUCAAAAUACGAGUACAGAGUUGAAAUGAUACAUCAAGGGUCUCGUGAUACGAGUAAAAAUAUCGUUCGCGAAUUUGCAUCUGAUUUUGAGAUUGGUGAAUGUUGGGGAUACAACAGAUUUUUCAGAUUAGACUUACUUGCAACAGAAGGCUACUUAAAUACAGAGCUAGAUACACUUAUAUUAAGAUUUCAAGUGCGACCACCGACAUUUUAUCAACGCUGUAGAGACCAGCAAUGGUACAUUAGUCAACUAUUAACACUUCAAAAUCAAUAUACUACUCAAAUCAAUGAAUUAAAGGAGAGACUAGCAAUAGAAAUAUCUCGCAACGCCAUAACAGCUACUAGAGCUAAUGGAACUACAAUAAUUAGUUCAACUGCAAAUACAUCAUCUUUAUCUGUGCAACAGCAGCAGCAGCAACAACAGGAUGUAGGCGAUUCAACAAACAAUUCGAAUGUUAUACGAACAAUUGACACAUAUCCUACUACAAAUGGAACACCAAUAAGAUCCAUACCAAACACGCUUCCCAGUAACAAUAGCAACACAAUAAUACCGAGUGAUCAGUUAUUGCCGAUGUGCGAAUUGAACGAGCUCUCGGGUAUGCAUCUCCUAGAUUCUACUACGUCGACGUUAUCGAAAACAUUGUUGAAGACACACCGUGCCAGCAAUAAUCUAAAUAUCAUCGAGACCGAGAGCAAUCCAUCGUCGCGUCGCGUCAACGACACAUCGCUUGGAGAAUGUCAAACCGCGAAGAUUCAUUUGAACUUCUCGUCAUCGCCCUAUUCCUCGCCUGGUGAUAUACUCACCGGUCAGCAGCCAUUAAAUCUAUCGUUCAAUAACAGCGAUCCUUUAUUAUCCGCGUCAACGUUAUCGUCGGUGACAGACAAUCAACGGAUUAAUGGCUGCGUGACGGAAGGCGAAGCUGCGCAGCGUUGCACGAACGAUGCGUCGCCAGGUGAAUGCCGAGAGGUUGCAGCUGGUAUCCAGUCCCCGUCAUUUUAUUUAUCAUCGACAUUGAAUCUCUCAUCCAGUAGCAGCAGCAGUAGCGACAGUGGCGAAUUGAGCGAACAUGACAUUUAUAUGGACGAAUGUGAGCACAAUGAACCCAACGUCACGCUUUUGGACCUGACAAAUGACGAAAACGACGUGGACGACGAAACCAUGUCAGGGGAAAACGACAUUGAAGUUGCGGAAUGGGUUCAGAACAAACAGCGAAAGCAACAAAACAACAGGGAUAUUGUUACAGAUACAUGCAGGUUGAGAGAAAUAAUGCUGCUGCAUUUGUUCGAGAUACAAGACAGAAACUCCGCGUGGACUUCUCUAUGUCUUGGCCAGCAAACAGACGAAAAUUGUGAGUCCAGGAGCUCGCUCGCGAGUUUGCGACGUCGUAGUUCUAGUCCGUUGUAUAACGCUGUGAUGCAACCCACCUCGACCACAGCUUAUUCACACAAACAUCCUGAACUCGAUACCGCGGCCUGUAUCGAUCUAAAUUUGAAUAGUGACAAGAAGCAUCCCAUCAUUGCAAACACUUUACAUCACUCCCAGCCGCAGACAACUUACAGUGCUAAGACCAAAUAUGAUCAACUGCCGAGCUUUUGUCGAUCGGAACUAGUGGCUGUGACAAUGCCUUCCGGUAGUCAAAUAACCAGAUCUGAGCCGGCGACACGUUCCAAUUCAAUAGACUGUGAAAGAGAUAUCUCGAAACUGCCAGUAGUUAAUAAAAUCAAUCACGAUAUAGAGUCGCCUAAUUUACGUCUGGAUCUAAUAGUGCCAAAUGUACUUCUAGACAGUAACAAAAUCAUGUCAAAGCAUUUAUUGUCACGACGCCAAUCCUCUCCAAGCUCAUCUACUAACAUGAAUUUGAAAAAUGACAACAGCAAAAUAUUCGAAAUUGACCAAUUACUCGAAGCUAUACAUUUGUCAUCGGAAUCGCAGAAAGAUACGGCGGCGAGCAGCGCAAAUCUGAGGCAAAACACUUCGUCCGACGUAAAGAGUAACGCUUGUACUGCUAGUGGAAGUUCCGCUGCACUCUCGUUGACACAGGAGAGUACAUUGUUGUCACCUGUAAACACUGCAAUGACAGCGAACGCUAUUCUUACUCCCAGCACUUUCAGCUGGUCGCCAGCAUUGUAUCAGCACGCGCAUGGACAAAAACCUGUUCUAGAUAUUGCUGUACAAGGUUCCUCGAAUGAAACUCCUAGCAAGACUAUUGAUAAAUCUGUGGAAGAAGCUGCCAGUUCGCUGUAAUAAUGUAUAAGUUAACAUUAGCACACAUUCUGUGAUUUCUAUUUCGGGUAUUAAUUAUAAUCGCAAGAUUGACGAAAAAAAUUAUUUAAUCUUAAAUUAUUACGUUAAAUAAGAUAGUUUUGAAAUUUAGACAUAUAUUUAUGUUGCACAUCUGAUUUUUCUUAUUUCUCUACAACAGGAUUGAAGAAAGAUCUCGGAAUUAUAAUGUCAUAUCUUUCUCUUCUCAGUACAAAGCUUAUUAUAGCUAUUAUUAUUAUUAUA